CUUCUCUCCGCCGCAACCAAUAAGCACCAACGCCUCCAUUCUCCUUCUUUCGCGCCGUCGGACAGCAGCACAACCGCACACCCGCGCCGCCGGACAGCCGCACCUCCUCCACUGUAACAAAUAUUUAGGGUUUAUGCCCCGCGACCGAUCUUUGCACCUGCGCCUCUGCCUCGCAACGACGCCACCGCCCACCAGCCACCAGCUUCCCAGUCUCCGUAUUCACCCUCAACCCGCCUUAGUCGCCGGCCGAGAGCCCCCUCCGUCUUCACCAUGUUACUUCUUAUUGAUAAUAUCAACAGGCCUGCCCCUAAUAUCACACACUUGCUGCUCAAGUUUGAUCUUGAUAGCCCUAUUGAGAGGACCAUGCUUCAGCCAAAAUUUCAUUACAGUUGCUUGAAGGUCGUUCUUGAUCAACUGGAAAAGCUUUUCAAACCAGAUGCCAAUGCUUUGCUUCAUGAAUUUGGUUUUCAGCUUCUCUAUGAGUUGUGCAUAGAUCCGUUAACUUGUGGUCCUAUUAUGGAUUUGUUAAGCACUAAAAGAUAUCAGUUCUUCAUAAAGAGAGCAUGCCUAAGCCGCUGCUAGCCACCGCCGCCUCCGCCGCUGCCGGUCAUGGUCGCCACCAGCCCUUCCACCUACAUUUUAUUGCAAAGAAGAUGCCACAAGUGAUAUUUCUCAAGGUGGAUGUGGAGGAGCUGAAGAUUCCAGGAGGCUGAGGAUGACUGUACAGAGGCUUUGAAUUUAGAUGAUCGCUACAUUAAGGCAUACUCUUGUUGUUCAACUGCUAGAAAAGAACUUGGAAAA